UGGUAAAUACACAGCCGGUUGGUUUCUCUCUGUGGGAGUUGGAGUUCAAUGGCAGGAUAUAAAUUUGCGUAAGUUUAGGAAUGUAGGAGACCAACAUUCGCAAUUUUGCAAGGAUGGACAUUAGUGACUAUGAAAGAAUUGAAAAAGUUGGCGAAGGAACGUAUGGGGUGGUGUAUAAAGCAAGGAAUAAGGAAAACAAUGAAAUGGUUGCCUUGAAGAAGAUUAGACUUGACACGGAAUCAGAAGGUGUACCAAGUACAGCAAUACGAGAAAUAUCUUUAUUAAAAGAAAUGAACCAUGCGAAUAUUGUCAGAUUGCUGGAUGUGAUUCACAGUGACAAAAAGCUUUUUCUCGUAUUUGAAUAUUUGAAUCAAGAUCUUAAGAAAUACAUGGAUACUGCACCACCUUCAGGAAUAUCCUUUCCGCUUGUUAAGAGUUACGUAUAUCAAGUUUUAUGUGGAAUUGCGUACUGCCAUUCGCACAGAGUCCUUCAUCGAGACCUCAAACCUCAGAACUUGCUAAUCAGUCAUGAUGGUGCUAUUAAACUGGCAGACUUUGGUUUAGCACGUGCAUUUGGUGUGCCUGUAAGAACAUACACACAUGAAGUAGUAACGUUGUGGUAUCGUGCCCCUGAGAUUCUCUUGGGAUGUAGAUAUUACUCUACCCCAGUUGACAUUUGGAGCAUCGGCUGCAUUUUCUCUGAGUUGAUCACACGACGUGCAUUAUUUCCUGGUGAUUCGGAAAUUGACCAAUUGUUCAGAGUAUUCAGAACACUCGGUACCCCUGAUGAAGAGAACUGGCCAGGUGUAUCAGAUUUUACCAACUACAAGUCGACAUUUCCAAAAUGGAAGGCGCAAGAUUUGAAUAAAGUAUUUCCAACACUCUCCUAUGAUGCAAUUGAUCUGCUUAAGAAAAUGCUCACGUAUGAACCAAGUUCAAGAAUAUCUGCUAAAACAGCGAUGGCACAUCCUCUUUUCAACGAUGUGGUUAUCCACACUCCAUCAUAAACAAUUAUAAAUCAUUGUGUACAAAUAAAGUAAAUUAUUUUGAAAAUACAGGGUGCAUGAAGGAGACCUACAGUAUACACCCUUUCGAUAAAUACGAGUCUUGCUCUGAAAAAUCGUGAGCCAAUCACCUUACGUUUAUGACUAAAGUGAGACUUUAAGGCCAAAAACGUGUUCGUGAUGUAAUUAUUGUGAGGGUGUGUUUUAACAAAAAAUGUCAGUUUCUAAAGAUCUCCCUUUUUUAUACCCUGUAUAACAUUUUAAGGACGUUAAUUCCUUAUUGUAAAUUGCGGCCUUUUUACCAAUUUAAAUAACUUAAUGAAUUAUACACAUAAUGAAUA